AUGGUCAAGAUCUUGGGGUCCGGCUCCUACUCGACGGUCGUGUUGGCCAAGGUGAAGAAGUACGAGAAGGAGCACCCGCAGCUGGCCAUCAAGAACAUUGACCGACGCCAGUCCGGCGACUACGUGAAGCGCUUCCUUCCACGCGAGAUCGAGAUCGUCAAGACGUGCAACCACGCCAACAUAUGCCGCGUCUUCGAGAUCAUGGAGUUCAAGCACUACGUCUGCUUUGUCACCGAGCUGUGCGAGGGCGGCGACCUGCUCGACAAGAUCAACGGCCAGAAGUUCAUCCCGGAGGCCGACGCGAAGCUCAUCUUCCGCCAGCUCGUCGAGGCGCUUUCGUACCUGAUCGAGCGCGAGAUCGUGCACCGGGAUAUCAAAUGCGAGAACAUCUUCCUCGACAAGCACGGCAACGUCAAGCUGGGCGACUUUGGCUUCGCGCGCUACCUGCGCGUCGGCGAGAAGUCGAGCACGUACUGCGGCUCCCGUGCGUACGUGGCGCCCGAGAUUUUGCGCUCCGUCGAGUACACGGGGCACACGGUGGACAUCUGGAGCGCGGGGGUCGUCCUGUUCGUGAUGCUGACCGGGAUGAUGCCGUUCAACGACAAGAAGGUGCCCGCCAUGGUCAACCAGCAGCUGCAGCACCGAAUUCGGUUCCCCAAGCAGCCGGUGCUGUCGCUGGAGGCAUGCACGCUCAUCUUCGAGAUUCUGCACCCGCACCCCCACUCACGGCCCACCUGCCACCAGAUGAAGAACUCGGAGUGGCUGAAGAAGACCACGUACACGAUGAAGGGGCCAAAGGUAUCGUCGCGGAAUGCGGUCAACCCGGCUGGGGCAGCCGUCAGAGGUUCGAAGGAGGGC